AAAGUUCCUGCUCCAACUGAGCAAGCCCAAUUCAAAUUCAUUACGGGUCAACCCAGAAAGCCCUGAAACCAAAUCACCUUUCUUAUGUUCCAAGCCACAACACUACAAUUAAUUAUUCUCCUUGAUUGUCCCCAUUAUUAUCAGAUCAGGGCUCUUUUUUACCCUCGGAACAUAUAUAAUUUCUGAGUUGUUGAAAUGGCUAAUGUGGAUUUUGAUGUUCCUGCAAAAGGGGGGUUUAGCUUCGAUUUAUGUCGAAGAAAUGAGAUGUUGAUGAAAAAGGGCCUUAAGCCCUCUUCUUUUCUCAAGACUGGGACUACCAUUGUUGGUUUAGUCUACAAGGAUGGUGUUAUUCUCGGAGCCGAUACUAGAGCUACUGAAGGACCCAUUGUCGCUGACAAAAAUUGUGAGAAAAUACAUUACAUGGCUCCAAACAUCUAUUGUUGUGGAGCAGGGACUGCUGCUGAUACAGAGGCUGUGACAGAUAAUAUUAGCUCUCAGUUAAAGCUGCACCGUUAUCACACUGGCAGGGAAUCGAGGGUUGUGACAGCACUCACACUGCUAAAAUCUCAUCUUUUCAGCUACCAAGGUCACGUUUCAGCUGCUUUGGUGCUUGGUGGAGUUGAUGUCACUGGUCCACAUUUGCACACGAUCUACCCUCAUGGGUCAACUGACACCCUGCCGUUUGCUACGAUGGGGUCCGGUUCACUUGCUGCGAUGGCUGUCUUUGAAUCAAGAUACGUGGAGGGAAUGAAUAGGGAUGACGGAGUUGCUUUGGUACGUGAUGCUAUUCGGUCUGGAAUAUUCAAUGACUUGGGAAGUGGAAGCAAUGUUGACAUAUGUGUAAUAACCAAGGGACACAAGGAGUACUUGAGAAACUAUGAGAUGCCAAAUCCUCGUACUUUUACAAGUGAAAAGGGCUACUCUUUCUCCAAGAAGACUGAGAUUCUGACUGCAAAGGUUACACCAUUGAGAGAGUUGGUUGAAGUAAUCGAAGCUGGGGAUGCAAUGGAAGAAUAAAUUGCUAUGAUGUUUAGUUUCUGUUUUGUAUUAAGCCUACGUGUGUGGCAAUUGUGAUUGGAAUUAUCGCUUGGCCUGUUAACCCUGUAUGAAAAAUAUGUUUGAAUGUUAUCCUCCUUCGUUGUA